AUGUUUUGUCCGACGACGGCGACAUCGAAGAAGAGGCUCCUUAUUGUUGAUGGCCACGGUAGCCACGAGACUGACGACUUCAUGUGGACCUGUUUUUCCAACAAUAUCUACCUCCUCUUCUUACCUGGACAUGCCUCCCACGUUCUACAGCCCCUCAACCUGUCGGUUUUCUCUCUGUUGAAGACCACUUACCGCCGUGGUAUCAACGACCUCACUGUGAUGACAGACUGUGCCCCCAUUGGCAAGAGGCUCUUCUUACGGCGUUAUGCGCAAGCCAAGAACGAUGCCAUCAAAGAAAGGAAUAUCCGAAGUGGCUGGAAGGCAUCAGGAUUGUGGCCAGUCAACCUAGACAAACCUCUGAUGAGCCGUCUACUGUUGAACCCAACCAGCCAGUCAGUCAGUCAGCCAGUCAAAUCUAACGUAAUCUAUUACCUUUCCGGUCACUUCCCUGCCCCACACCCCACCACGUCGACUUCGGACUCGCUCCACUACGCCAUUGUGCCCGGCAAAAUGCCAAAGCCUCUACAGCACGAAGAUAAGAUCCAAUUAGCACUCGAGGCCUUACGUUCAGGCCAAAUCAAAAGCAUUCGCAAGGCUGCAGCCGCAUUUGACGUACCGAAUAGGAUUUUACAAGAACGCGUCAAGGGGGUGCUACACGUCAACAAGCGCAAGUCAAGAGUCGAAAGCUACUCCCGACCGAAGAAUCUGCCCUGA